ACAAGCCAUCCAGCAUAGCACUUUCACUUUGAGCGCAGCCUGUGUCUGAGUGAGGACACACAGAGUGGCCGGAGGGAGAGACAGCGAAGAGGAGGCCAGUGUCUCUCCUGCUUUAUUCACUAACCAGUUUCAAGGAAGAGGAGAGUGACUCAAAUUAGGCUGUUCAGGAAGAUUCUAGGUCAGUAGUGAAAGGGACAAAGGGAAGGGGAAAGAGAUAUAGUAAAAAAAACAAAAAACAGUAGCUUUGAUAGGGAAAGGCUGCAGCCACUCAGGCUUAAGUGGGAAAAUCCAAAGUGAAAGAGCAGGAUGGCGUGACAGGAUAAAUGAGGCACUUUUUUGGAAAGUACCAAAGGAACUCAAAAAGAAGGACUUUAUAAGGGGAUGUCAACAAGAAGACUAAAUAUCAAGCUGUGAAGAAGAAGAAACAGCAGCGUACUCCGUGUCAAAGACCUAAAGAAACCAGAGAGGAAACUUUGCCUUUCACAGACUGACACAGAAACCCGUCUGCAGAGUGAUUGCCGUCAACAAGAGAAAUGGGGAAGUGUCCGUUCUUAGAAAGAUAAAAGGAUGUCACUGCCAGGUGAAAACGAGUCUAUGGUUUUGCUGUUGCUAUCACUCUUGACUGUCCAAUGUGGUGGAUGUGACUUUGACUGGGAAGUUGUGAAAAACAUUAAAAUGACUAUCGACUCUAAUCCAACUGGAUUUCGGACAGUAUUCCCUAAAGAUUACAAUGUAGUGCACCACUACACAAAAAACAUGCUCUGUGACACUGAUCCGUGUUGUGUGUUCCCUGCUGCAGUCGUCCUCCUCGACUCCUGGCAUGUGCUUCUCAGAAACCUCUGGGAUGAGCACUUAAAUCACUCCUUAAUUCUCGACCUAAAGCAGACACUGGAUAGAAUUAUUAAAAAGAACAAAAACACGGAGAGGUUCCAGGAGGAGACGGACCUGGUCCAUUUCUCCACAUUAUCUUCCUCUCCUGAGGAACUCCUCAAGCUAACAUCAGAACUUUUCACUCAGUGGCUCAGUGUCGGAUGCUUACCUUCGAUUGAAACCUGCACCCUGCCCACUUUGCCCCCCUCCGUUGAGAGGAAGGACUACGGUCCAUCGAGGGCCAGACUCUUGACCACCCGAGUUAUUGGCAGCGAGGAGGAGGGACAGCCUGUCAAGAUGAUAGACAUUACACAUCCGCCGUCCAGCAGUGGUCCUCUCUCCCUAUCAUAUUCCGCUUCUGUCUGGAGCCCCUUGCUACUCAGACUCUACUGGUGGUUGAUGCCAUAGUUACUAAAAAUGAUGAAUGAUGCACACAAAAAUGCAAGACAUUUCAUGGCACUGAAUGUUUCUUAUAUGUGUCUCUGUGUUUAAUGCCGUAAGCUUUGUUAAUAUGAAGUGACUUGCACAGGUUGCAAUUAUUGUCCAAAGUUAGUUUGAAUAGCUGAGUUCACUGUCCAACAGUGCUGUGUAACGACUAAUAUCACAGAUAUAAACGUAUAGCCAUCCUCUCUAGAGCAAGCCACAAGCUCCAGCUAGCUAUGCUCUUCAUGCUAACGAGAAAAAUGCUGAGCAAGCAAACACACAUUAGCCUCGUCUGUUGAUGUGGAAUCCAUCACUGUUUACAAUGAAUAUUGUGUAAAUGUAAGAUAUUACAGUCUAUGGGUGUUUACUUUUGUACAUAAAUGUAAAUUAAAGACAUUUAGUUAUAUUCAUUGCUAGUUUUUGGUUCAGCUUACCAGGAUAUAAAAUCCCAAUGGUUGUAAGCGGCAGUAUAUUUAUGGUGCUGUCUCCUGUUUGCCAGCAGUGAUAAAGAAGUAACUAGGUACAUAUACUCAAGUACUGUAAAGGACACCUUCAAGGUACUUUUACUUUACUUGAGUAUUUCCAUUUUAUGUCACUUUCUACUUCUACUCAACUACUGUUCAGAGGGAAAUAAUGUUCUUUUUAAUCCACUACAUUUAUCUGACAGCUAUAAUUACUUGUCCCUUUUCACAUUAAGAUUUGAUCUGUAAAAUUACUACCCAACAGUUUAUUAACUCAUUAAAAUCAGCUCCACUUUACAAAUGAAUGCAUCAACAAUACUAACCUAAUAAUACAUUUCUAACAGUAUAACAAUCACAGGGACAGGAAUACUUAUAUACUUUUACUUCAGUAUAAUUUUUGAAUGCAGGAC